UCACUGUGAGCUAGGAGCGAGCGAGCCGCGUAUUAGUACGUAAGAAAUAGAUUAGCAUUGAGCGACAAUCUACGUUACGGUGAACUGUAUUGUUAUGAUACGUUAUAAUCGAUUGUCCUUAAACGAGUAAUGUGCCUCUUCCACGAUUACGACGCGCGGACCUAGGGGCGUGGCCUGCCGUGACGGCGGCGAUAUGGCUAACAACGCCAUCUCUUGAGCGUUAAUGAAAAAGAUAGUGCAAAUUUAAAUGGAAAAUCUGCAGAAGUAAUUGAUCACAUUAUUCAGGAACUCCAAUUGAAUGCUGAUGGAAAUAUGUCAAGCACUCAUUUAUAAACGAUAGUGAGAGAUCACUACAAAAUUAACAACGCUAUAUGUUAAACUGGCUCAAAAGUUUAUAUGGACAGAAACUUACAGCAGAAUGCUUGGACGAGUAUAGGAAAUGGCAUGUACGAAAAUUGGAAUGAAUUGGACAAUGCAGAAAAAGUAAAAGACAUGAAAGACAAAUGGCGACAUAUUCGAGACAAUUAUUCAAAAUACAUAAACCAGGGUAAAAGUGGAGAUGACGGACGUCCAAAAAAAAAAUAUGUUUAUGCAGACGCUUUAACGUUUUUACAACAUACUAUUCAAAAAAGAAAGACCUCGGGUAAUGUAAUAAGUACGGAAAAUUCCUUCCAAGAAAUACCGGAUCACGAUGAUGUUGAUAUAGACAAUACAGUAGACAGCCCAAGAAACAUUUAUGAACCUCUUACUUUAAAUGCAUCUAGUAUCUCACCAACACAACAACAAAAUUCACCAUGCAUCUCAUUAAAUACAAAAACUGCUAGUCAAACAAACAAAAAAUUCAAAAAUUCAAAAAAAUACUCAUUUCCAAACACAACUAAUAGAACUUUUACAAUCAAAUCAACAACAUCAACAUGACAAUAUGAAUCCCGACAAAACACUUUUGCUAUCAUUUUUACCAUAAGUGGAAAAAUUAACAAGUGAUCAGAAACUCGAUUUUCAAUGCUAUGUUCUUCAGUUUUUCAAAAAUAUUCAACAAACUCCAAAAUUUCCUAAUUAUAACCAAACUCAAGAAAGUUAUUACAAUACCUCUAUUUACAAACAUCAACCAGUACAGUGCCAGCCUCCUCCACUACAAAAUCAGCUUCAACCUGGACCACAACAGCUUUCUACUCUGCAACAAUUUCAAUUUCAAUCUUAAUAGCAACAGCUUCAUCCUCUUCAACCAUUAACGGGUAUUGGAAAUAUAAAAACACCUCAACCAUUCCACACAUUUUAUCAGCCAUUCCAACAGCAUAAUCUAGAGCAAGUAAGCUUUCCAUCCCAAAACUUUAUUCACUCUGACAUCAAUCAGCAACCAAGUGCAUCAUCAUCACCAUCAAAUCAAUAAAUUAACCACACCUUUUUUAUUAUUAA